AUGCCAAUUCUAUUUGCAUUCUCUCCAUGGGCAGAUAUAGGUCAUGAUGAACCAGCUUAUAAAUUAUCUAGAUUAAUGGAUAAAUGUCUUUGGUUUGAACAUGAACAAGGUGGCUAUGGUAUUCCUAUAUCUUGGGCAUUGUCAGGUCAGACUAUGGAGGCUAUUGUACGUACAGAUGAUUCUAUUAAAGGUUCGAUCCGUAUGAGAACUGCAAAGAAGGGUGUUUUCUCUGCUUGGGAACAGUCUGAGAUUAUUGGCUCAACUUUUCAUGCAUCGGGUCUAGCUCACCCAUGCCUUGACGACCCAUACCAAGACGCUUAUAUAAAUGGUUUCGUAAAAGAGGAUAUUAGACAUACCAACUAUGUAUUGAAUGAUCUUUUUGAUAGACAACCCAGAGGUUUUUGUCCAAGUGAAAAAUUAUUUAGUAUACAAUCAAGUAGAUCGGUGGUGGAAGAAGGCUAUGAAUAUUGUAUUGUUGGAGGUGAACAUUUUGGAGGUGAUUCACAUGGACAAUAUAAUAAAGGAAUGGUGUUUAGUUUGGAGAAUGGAUUGAAAGUGUUGCCAACGGCCAAUGAGAUUAUGCCAUCGGAUUUCAAUCGGUAUCACAAAGCAGAGUUACUCAUUGAUGAAAUCAUCAGUUAUGCACGUCGGAAUAACAUUGGACGUGUGUUGUUGUCGGCGGAUGUCGACUUUUGGUUGGAUGACAAUGGUUUCGAGCGAAUCAAAUGGCUCUUCUUAAAGGCACGCGAGAGAUCCGAUGAGAUCAAGAUGGUCAACGCCAGUGCACUCGUAGAGUCGGCAUGGUGUCAGGGCUAUGCUGGACUCGUUAGUUUAGAGCGUUUCUACCAAUCGAUUGGCAUCACCGAUAUCAACAAAUACAUAUCGACAUGGACAAACGCUGCUGGCAAUCUUCAGUUUAUCGAUUGGCAACGAUCGGCUCGUUCCGCAGAGUUUAUCAAAGCACAUACCGAUCGUUACUUUAGAGGGAUCAACAAUGAACAGUGGGUAGAUGGUUGGAAGCUACAGCGAUCCAAAGAGAUGUGGAUGAACAUCUCUGGUACCGUAUUCUACGAUGGCAGAGAGCAGUGGUAUAACUUUAUGCCAGAUUGUUUCGAUGAGAAUAUGAACAAAGCAUGGAAUCUAUUGAAUGAAUCAUAA